UGUGCGAGGCGCGUGAGACGGCGCUGGCAUGUCAGAGCUGUUCGGGGCCGACAAUCGACCGUCGGUAGAGGAAGGCGAGGCUACAAAUGCAGAGAGGCCAGCAAGAAUGGUUCACUUCUGGCUAAGACGCUCCAACGCUCCUGUUCGUGCCGCCAUGCCGCAGCAACAAGAAAGGCAGACGACGCGAUCCGAGGGAAGAAGCUCUGGUGUCGGUGGUGGCGGCGGUGAUGGGGGUGGUGGCAGUCGUAGUGGUCGUAGCAGCGGUGGCAAGACCGGUGGCAACGGAGGGGGAGGAGGAGGAUUGUGUUUGCUGUCGCGGCUGGGUCAGUACAAGCGUCAGCAGCACGAGCAGCAAAAGAGGAGAGUGGCGGAGAAGGAGCUGGACAGCCUUCACCACAGAAUCGACAAGCUGCUGGCCAAGAUGGAGGAGCAUGACACUGAGUGCGCAGUCAAUGACGACGAAGAGUGUGUAGUGUGUCUGGCAGCGCGCGCCACCAUGCAGACGUUUCCCUGCGAGCACAAAGUCGUCUGCCGGAAGUGCUUCAUUCGCACCAUCCAGGUGGCCGUGGCGCAGAGGUCACUUCCGCUUCGCUGCGUAGUGUGCCGGGCGCGCAUUUUGAAGCUGCGACACGCGGCUUCCAGUUCCAGCCCGCUGUGCGUCAACGAGCCGACCCCAGCACCUUCUACGACGAUGACGACGCGUUGCUACGACCACGCCAGAGUGGCCGCCAAUAACAACAACAACAACAACAACAACGUCGCCACGUGCUGCAGCCACCACCCGGUCCCAGCUAGCGGUCUUGGCGACAGCAGCGCCUCUACAUCUCCUGCCGGACUCUCCAUCGACGCCUGCUGCCGCAAGUCUAAGAGCAAAUCCCCGCUUCACUGGUUCGCUUCCGAGCCCCCGAGUCCUCCCAGCCAGAUCCUUCCUGCCACCACAACGUCCAGCAAGCGCGGUCAAGACGCUGCAGGUCCCCGGGUAUCUUCUGGUCCCCAGCUUCAAUGGCGUCUUCGGUCAUGACCAAAGGUGAAGUCAUACCUGACCCGGAACUUCAUGUCGGCAAGGGAGCUCACCUCAACGCCUCUCUGCGCGUUAAACAUUUCACAUUUCGCGCACUUUUUUGGCGACACUAGGAAGGGGUGGGAAUUGUAACAGACGACUAAGGAAUUUUCUACAGUAAAGUAAACGCUUCGUACGAGAUUCAGAUCACUGUAGGGCAGAGAAUAAACCUCACGGUUGUUCUAGUCCAGAUAAUCGCACGCAGAAAGAGAAAUGCACAGAGAGCACCCAUUUGUUACUAAUUCUCACUUACACGUGGCAGUUCUUUUACCGGAGCACAUCUUCUCAAUAUCAUGUGUGAAUAUAUUUAAACUCCAUUUUUAAAAUAGCUUAAACAUCACUAGCUUAAACGAUUUUUUUGAAUAACAUAACUGAAGCACAAUUGUUUCCACAAUUUUUCUAAUUUUAGAAGAUAUAAAGUAACAAAUGAAUUUUAUAUUUUACUUUUAAAGAAAUGAUGAGCGGGGAGGUUAGGGGAAGCGAUCGGCUGUUGUUGGUGACGUCAUGGGUGUAUGAAAGUGGUGUCCCCUGUGCCGCUUUGCUUCCUGUUUGUCCAGUUUCGACCAGAGAUGCUAGCGACUUGAUGUCGCUUCACACGUGUACAAACAAGACUGGUGAAUGUGACUGUGACUGAGUGUUUAUGUGUGCACGUAGACACAGCAGCUUGCAGGAAGCGGCUACAGCACGCAUGUCUUGCCGUGUUGGUGACGUGACGUAGAGAGAAGUGUCCGUUGUCCACUCUCCAAUCCCUGCCAUGUCAUUUGGUUUGUAACCCUGAAUGUCAUUUGUGUGGUGUCAAAUAGCGAGACUGAAUGGCACUCUCCUCUCAAGAAGUUACUUUGUUUUGAUAUAUUGUUUGCAAUGUCUAGUAAAGGACUGAUUGUGCGUGUGUUUGAGGGAACAUUUUGUUGUCAAGAGCGCACACAUACGCACACACACACAUGCACACGCUCAAACUCAUGCAGACUCGCUUGCACUCUGACUGUGGGAGUAGUGAAGGAGUGAGGAAGGGACAAAUGGGAAGAAUAAACACUAAGACGAGAAGGGGCCGGAAAAAUAAAGAUAUUGACGAUAGGAAUCAUGGGAUAGUGCGUGGAGUCGUCUAGAACUUUCGUUUGUGGUAGUAGACAUUUUCUUGUGCUGAACAAUGCUAGUGUCACUAUGGUUCGCGGUGCUGUCUGUGUGCAUUGUAACGAACAAGAUUCGCUCUUGCCAGUUUGUGAACUGAGAGCUGUGACGUGCUGUGUCUGUCUGCCCUGCUGACAAGACCCGAGAGCUGUGACGUGCUGUGUCCGCUUUGCUGUUUUGCCCUUCUGACAAAACCUGAGAGCUGUGACGUGCUGUGUCUGUCUGCCCUGCUGACAGGACCAGAGAGCUGUGACGUGAUGUGUCCGCUUUGCUGUUUGCCCUGCUGCCCAGAGCCGAGAGGUGUGACGUACUGUGUCUGCUUUGCUGUUUUUGCCCCGCUGACAAGACCUGAGAGCUGUGACGUGCUGUGUCCGCUUUGUUGUUUGCCCCCUGCUGCUGAAAGAUAUAAAAAGUAAAGCAAGUCUCAACGAAUGGUGUGUGCAGAUCGCAGCUUCUGCUGUCACGUGACACUGGAAGAGGCGCAGGAGGUGACAGUGACCGCAGACGAGGACCUCCUCGAUUGACACGCGGCGGAAGUGACGCCACAAACAGUGCACGCCGUCUUUUCAGGCCUGGAAGAGACAAUAUGGAAGCUUUUUGAUUGUUGUGAAAUGACUACGGACACUUCAAUGACCCUUGCAUCGGUAGUGAUUCGUUAGGCUUAACGGUACAAAAGCGGUGAGGGUUUAUUUUUGAGAAACCCCAUUUGUUUGUCGCAAAAAAAAGUCUGGUGGCCUCUUUGACUUUUCGCUUCACGUUGUGAAGCCGGACCCUCAUUUUUAUUUUCGUUUUGGAUUUCAGUGUGAGGGCGGAAGCGGAGAGCGCUUCACGUCUUCAACAGCCUACAGUGCGCGGAUGUUCUGCUGUAGCUUAUGCUCCAAGUGCAUCAUCCUUCCUGCCAUGUACAUUGUCCUUCAUCUCAACACUCCACCCUUCGUAAGAACACACAAUUCACAUACGGCAAUAAUAAAAAACGCGUGCUAAUGCUAGGUGUAGUAGAGAGCCAACUGCAAGACAGUAUCAGGACAGUAGGUACAAGAGGACAGUCUAUAAAAGUAACGCCAAGCGCCACCUAGAGAAACCACAUCCUAGGGCUGAAAUUCACCGCGGGUCUGCAGCCUACCAUUAUUCCAGUGAUGCUGGUCGGUAAUCAGUAGGUACUCGUCCAGCCUUAUGUCAAGAUGGAGCAUCCGAGUGGCCUAUCUUACCAAGGCAGACAGCUCCUGUAUCCCUACACCAGCUCUAGGCCUUUAAAUGUGAAACGCAAUUAUCGCAAAUGCUAAUAAGCAGGGAGUCGGCUGAACUCCUCCUUCUUCCUGCCUGCCUGUAAGGUUAGGGAACCUAACAGAAGGAACAGGAUGCUACCUGUAAGCCGAGAAGAAAGCUGGCAGAGUAUUGACAGCUUUAGUAGGAUACAAUUCACAUAUUUUGUAGAAUGUUUUGUACAGUGCCAUUGCACGUUCUACGCUGUGUCGUGGUAAACGAUUGCCAUGUUUGUUUAGUUUUAUAGGCAACGGGCGUUGUUCCAGUUUUGUCAGUCGUUAGACACGCCAUCGCUGUCGGAAAAGCCACGAAACUUGAACAGGACUUCAGGGCAAGCAGGGAAGUUGCGGUCACAUGCUCUCGCAGGUCAUUCUGGCAAAAGUGUACCGACUGUUCCAGAAAGCCGUAACCAUGAAUACAUCUGGUAGUAGUGGUGGUGGUGGUGGUGGGGAGUAGAGGAGGUAAGCUGUGGACCGAAGUGGACGCGGGGCAUCUUCUGGCACAAAGUGACAGACCUUGAAGGUCUCCAGGCAGCUCAGAGGUCUGAGAUUUGCCUCUAUCCAGAAACUGCGGAUUUCUGGUUUCCUUGCCGCGGACCAAAGGUCUGAAUGCCUUGGAUAAAGAUUACUCACUGCGGAGUCUUGUCACGGGCUCUGCAGUGGACUUGCUGACGUCAUAGCUCACGGCCAUCACGUGUCGGGUCCUGCAAGUCUUCGCUGGCCACCAAGCCAGUGGUGUCACAUGACGUGUCAUGCCUUGUUAAUGCUAAGCUUUGUUUCUUGAUGGGAUCGAUGUGUGCUACUCAGUCAGCAAAUAAACGUAUACUUGUUUUUUUGU